GGGCGGGAGAACCGAACUGGACCCGACCCGGGACAGACGGUCCGUGUCCCCGCUGCUCCGCUCACGACGUUUGGGACGAGGACGCCCACCUGGACUUCCAACAUGCUUCCAUGAUGAGCGAGGGCCGGGCGGACCUGUGGUUCUGUGAGGAGUGUCAGGACUAUUUCCAGGAGGAGUGUCCGUCCCACGGUCCCCCGCUGUUUGUCCCCGACACGCCUGUGGCUCCAGGAUUGGCCAACAGGGCGGCGCUCUCCGUCCCGUCGGGUCUGGAGGUCUUCUCUGAAGGGGAGGAGGUAGAUGUUCGCUGCACUGAUGAAAUCUUCCCAAAGGGGGCAGUUUUUGGUCCCUAUGAGGGCGAGCUGGUGUCCAAAGAAUCCUCUGGCUUCUUCUCCUGGAUCAUCGUUGGUUUGAACAACAGGUACGAGUCCAUCGAUGGCAGAGAUGAGACCAAAGCCAACUGGAUGAGGUUUGUCCGGACCUCUUCAGAGGCCAGAGACAGGAACCUGACGGCAUUCCAACAUGGUGGAAACAUCUACUUCAGAGUCUGCAGGAGGCUGGAGGUCGGGGAGCGGCUAAGGGUUUGGUACAGUGACGACUACAUCCGACGACUUCAGUGUGUGUCUCAGGACAGCAUCGACCGCAACCUGAACUCAGCUCUGCCAAACAAACUUUGUCCCAAAAAAGAAUCCUGUGAAGAUCCAGACGGCCAGCCUCCAGCCAAGAGAAAGAAGAUUGACCUCAUUUUCAAAGAUGUUCUGGAAGCGUCUCUGGAGAACUGCAGUCCAUCCCGGUCCUGGUCUUCUGUUACUGGUGAGAGUAAACCAGGCCUUCAGCUGAAGUUAGAGGAAAAGGAGGAGGAGAACCAGACCAGCUCAGAACCCUCCACCUCCUUCUGUCCCAACUGCGUCAAACUGAAGAAGAGAAUCCUGGAGCUGGAAGAGGAACUGCAGCGUCUAAGAGGAGAGCAGGGGGGCACAAUCGGUACUUCGAGUUCUGAACAAACACAGCCUGAUCCGGUCCCACCGCAUCCUGAGCAGGGCCCCAUCGAGGACUUUCAAGGGAUGGAGCCGACGACCCCGCCUCAGGUAGUUUUGGAUGAAGAUGACCCAGACGUGGACUCAGCUGAUGAGUCCAUUGCAGCUGACCUUGUGAUUUCUCCGGAGGACUCUUCCAAGCUUUACUCCGGAGGAAGCAGACGCAUUCGGCGCUUCAAGCAGGAGUGGCUAAAGAAGUUCUGGUUCCUCCGGUACUCGCCGACCCUGAACGAGAUGUGGUGCCACGUGUGUCGACAGUACACCGUCCAGUCAUCUCGAACCUCUGCCUUCAUCAUCGGCUCCAAGCAGUUCAAGAUCCACACCAUCAAGCUCCACAGCCAGAGCAACCUGCACAAGAAGUGCCUGCAGCUCUACAAGCUGCGGAUGCAUCCGGAGAAGACCGAGGAGAUGUGCAGGAACAUGACGCUGCUGUUCAAUGCCGCAUACCAUUUGGCUCUGGAGGGGCGGGCCUUCUCUGAGCUCCGUCCGCUGGCGGAGCUGCUGAAGAAAUGUGAGCUGAAAGUGGUGGAUCAGUACAUGAAUGAAGGCGACUGUCAGAUCCUCAUCCACCACAUCGCUCGCACUUUGAAGGAAGACCUGACUGAGAAGAUGCGCCUGUCUCCCUUCCUGAGCAUCAUCAUGGACGUCCAGAACGAUGACUUCUUCUCAGACCUGGUGGCUGUUUAUGUCCAGUUCAUAACCAAUGAAGGGUUCCUCAACACAGAGCUUCUGUCACUGCAGAGACUGAGCGUGGCUAGUGUGGACGGGUACCUCCAAGUUAUGGAUCGAGCCUUCAGCGUCCUGGGCCUCAAGUUUCAGGACUCGCUGGUGGUGGGUCUUGGAGUGGACGGCACCAACAUGUCUUCAGGAAUAAGAGCUAAUCUUUAUGUAGCUGUUCAAAAGACCUUUCCUUGGAUCCUCUGCCUUCCCAUCAUGAUCCACCGGCCUCAUCUGGAGGUUCUGGACGUCAUCAGCGGGAAGGAACUCUGCUGCCUCGAGGAUCUGGAGAACAACCUUAAGCAGCUGCUCAGCUUCUAUCGGUACUCUCCUCGAAUGAUGGCCGAGCUGCGAUCAACUGCUCCCACGCUGUCAGAGAAGACGGAGUUCCUGGGAGACAUCAGAGCCGUUCGAUGGAUUAUAGGAGAGCCGAAUGUUCUGAAUGCUCUCAUCAAAGAUUACCUGGAGGUUGUGGCCCACCUGAAGGAGAUCAGCAUUCAAACUCAGAGGGCCGACAUCGCAGCCAUCGCUCUCACCCUCCUCCAGUUUCUAAUGGACUACCAGUCCGUAAAACUCAUCUACUUCCUGCUGGACGUCAUAGCUGUUCUGUCACGAGUAGCCCUCACUUUCCAAGGAGAGAACCUUCUGGUGUCGCAGGUGGACGCCAAGAUGGAGGCCACGAUUCAGGAGAUCGGCCAGCUGGUGGACUGCCCCGGGGAAUAUUUGCAGGAGUUCGAAGAAAACUUCAGAGAAAGCUUUAACGGUGUGGAGCUGAAGAACCUGAGAGUUGCAGAGUCCAAGUUUCAGUCCAUCCGAGAAAAGAUCUGCAACAGGAGUCAGAGCAUCUUGUCUCAGAGGCUAGACCUGCAGAGCCGCUCCUUCUCCAAAGCCUGCAAGGUCCUGGACCUGUCCAACUGGCCGGACAACCACAAAGACCUGCAAGCCUACGGUGAGCAGGAGAUCCAGAUCAUUUUCAGCCACCUGGAGGCCAUUCCUUCUGCAGGUCAGGAGGACCAGACUGAGGCUCAGAGUAGCCUGCUGGUGGAGUGGAAGGAUCUGAAAGCUGACUACUACAGCCCCAAUGGUCUGAAGGAGGUCAUCGGUCACAUCUGCCGCUACAAGCAGCGGUUUCCUCUUCUGAACCGGGUCGUGCAGGUGGUCCGAGUCCUGCCCAGCUCCACGGCGUGCUGCGAUAGAGGCCGAGGGUCUCUGCAGAAGAUGUGCAGGAACAGCCGCUCCCGCCUGACGCUGGAGCAGAUGAACGACCUGCUCACCGUGGCCAUCAACGGGCCGCCCAUUGCCGACUUUGAUGCAAAGCGGGCGUUGGACGGUUGGUUCGAGGAGAAGUCUGGCAGCGGCUACUUCCACUCCACCGAAGUACCGAACAGAACGUUGGCUGUGGAUCAGAAACCGGUCCUGCAGAACGCUGAUGUCAAAGCAGAGUUCUACCCUGACGGCUAAAAGACCAACACUCCAGCCAGGGUAGGUGUUGAACUGAAAGGUUAAGAAGAGAAAAUCGACCAUCUGUGAACUUUACCUGGUGUUCAGACCACGCCCUCUAGUGGUCAACAGCAGGAAGUGCAUUUCUGUACUGCAUAGAAACUUGACUGCAGCUAAAAGUUUGUUUUAUCUGUGUUUUCCUUCAUGUUUUAAAGCAUGUACAUGCUGGAGUCCAGCAGCAAAACCAGGAACAGAACUGGAGAAUCUGUUUGAUCUGAUUGAAAGACGUUUAAACGAACGGGUCGAGUGUUUGAGUAGGUGUCAGAAAUAAAAAACAGACUGCUUGAGGACAACAUUCCUGCAGAUCUGACGUCUUUGUGAGAUCCUCGUUCGCUGGGCUGAAUGGAUUUAAGAACAAAGAACAGGUCUGUUGGAUGUUUAAUGUCACGGAGGGAGAAACGAACAAAGUAAACAAAUCUCACCAAGUGACCAUAAACAACAAGAGACCCAAAAUAAAUCCAAACGUGUCCAAAGAAAAGGAGCAAAAACACAAGAGGAGGUUUGUGUUUUAAUACGUUCAGCUGGAGGCCGGAGGGUCCCGGCGGUCCGAGACUGAAUAAAAACGCUUGUGUUGCCAGGAUGACAAACAGUCACACAUCAGGAACAAUCAGUGAGUGUCCAACUGAAGGUCUGCUGGAGGUUCUGUACCACUCAGUUCAGGGCCUGACAGAAACCAACCUUUAAAGCUUUUAUAUUCUGGACGAAGAAAAGAGUAUUUUUCUCUGGUAUUUAUUGUCAGAAGCUUUGAAUGUAUGAAGUGAAAAGUGUUUUUCUGCGUCUUGCCUUCAGAUCAGCAGAGAACGAUGAAUAAAGGGUUGUGUUUGCUGCAUGUUCAGCUGGAG